AUGAUGAGGAAUGAACAACAGCAACCCCUUUCGGAUCCUCCCAUUCUUUGGAAUCAAAAGCAUGCUGCUGUUGUUCAUUCUCAGAUGAACGGAAUGAAUCAGGAAACUCAAUUCCAACCAUUCAAUCAUCCACAACAACCCACACCGAACGGAUUGCAUCUUCCUCCUCCUCCAGUACUAAAUAAGAAUCAUCAUCACCCUCAGACGUCGACCACAACAGAAUUCGUUGGUGAUCACCAACAUACGGAAGAAAAAGAAACCCAAGCGUAUCUGCCGAGACCUGUCCGAACUGCUGCUGUUGCUACAAAUACGAUGAACUCUACGAGUAGCUCACUACUCUUGCCAGUCGUUGUUACUCCAACCUCAAGCCAUGGUAGUCAUGCCAACACUACACCAACGAGUGUAACAGGGUUAGGUUCCAACAACAUCCAUAACAAUGGAAAUCAUUUGACUCCAACCACCAUGAAUUCUUCUUCCUUUUCGAAUCCACCCUUUUCAUUGGGAAAUGGAGUUCAACAAAAUUCACAAGACAUGGCCGAACAAGCCAAAAAACGAAGGAGAAAUCAAGCCAAGGCUGCCUGUGAAAAUUGUAGAAAAGCUCAUACUGCAUGUCAAGACCAAAAACCAUGUCAUCGAUGUGUCAAGCUUGGAUUGGAAUGUGUGGAAGCUCAGAAAAAGACCAAAAUGAAAAUUCCAAAAACGAGUGGUACAUCUCCUGCCUAUGCACCCCUCUCGACUACCACGACAGCAAGUAUUGCUGCCACCAAUGCGGUACACAAUCAUCAUUCCUUAAGCAAUGGUAGUGCUGCUAUGGGUAUGAAUGGACAUGUGAAUCAUCACCAUGUGGAUCAGAGACAGCCAAUGGAAACUCAACAAUUGUCUCCAAAUGGUCGACCAAUUUCUUCUUCGUCAUCCACUUCAUCCUCGACGUCGGAUGGUGACGGAGAAACACAACGAAAUUUUAAUCCAGUUCCAGUGCAAUUUCAUUCAUCCCCUACUGCUCAAUCUAAUGGAUCCAUGGUAAAUCAUGUUGAGUCAUCCACAAAUUCACCAAUGAGAGUAGUGGCAAGUACGAUGCAGCAUCAACAACCACGCAAUGCGCAAUCUAAUUCCUCAACUGUUACUUCUUACUAUUCGUCUCAAUCUCCACCUCAAACAAACACGUGUGCACAACCUUACACACCAGUAGAUAACAACAAUAAUCUAGAUAUGCCACUACAUAUUUCCCAGCUUUCACCUCAAUUCAUUGUUCAAUUCCAACAACAAGUCAAGGACGGAAAUUGUGACAAGUUGCGUGCGACCUGUGAACACUGUUUUCAGCUCAUAACCAUGUCGAUCGAGGACAUCAAAAAGGCAUUCACAGUUCCUCAUCUCUCUCGCCAACAUCACGAUGUUCAAUUCAAUUCAAAUCGCAAUGGAUUUUUAUUGGCUUACUUGUAUGGAAAGUUUAAUGUCAUGAACAUGAUGCGAGACAUGUUAUGGACUCAUCACAAAAAAGAUUACAUUGACUUCCUUUACAAACUCGUGUCAUUAGAGGACGACAAGGCACUCAUACGAAUGUUUUUACAGGGAGUUCAAUUAGAUCUCAACACCAUUGAGAAUGAAAAUGGUGUUGGACUAUUAAGUUUUUGUGCAUGUUUUGGGAGAUUGGAUAUUUUCAAAAUGCUUUGUGAAGAAUUUUCAUGCUCGCUCUACCAGUGUCGUGAUGAAAAGUAUUUACCCAUUCAUUUCGCUUGCAGUUAUGGUCAUGUUGAAAUUGCCGAGUACAUUCUUCAAAAGCAUCCCGAUCAACUCGAUAUUCAAAUGAAUAAUCAUAGCUCACCCCUAAUUCUUUCUUCAGCGUAUGGAAGUAUGAAGAGUGUGAAAUUUUUAGUGGAACGAGGAGCAAAUGUUCAUCUGCAGGACCAUGAAGGCCAAUCUGCUGUUUAUCAUGCAACCAAGUAUAAUCAUUUUCAAAUUGUUCAAUAUUUAGCGCAACAUAAUGCAGAUCUUUAUGCUAAAACUAACUCUGGUCAAAGUAUUUUUGACUUGGCAGAAGGAUCACCAGAAAAGAAGCUCUUAUUAGAGCUUAUCAUUCAAAACAAAACUCUCAACGAUAGAAUUUCAUUACAAGAUGACCUUAUUAAAUCAAUGAGGCAAACAUGUAAAUAA